GUAGCAGGGGCGGACUGACCAUUUGGAAACUCGGGCCCGGGGUCAGUAGGGGGCCCCAUGAGAUGACCCUGGUACCUUUUUCAUAGGCUUUUUUGAGUUUGGGCAAGGACGAAGGGGCCCCAUGAUCCCCUAUUGCCCGGGGGCCCCAUGAGUUGUCAGUCUGCCCUGGUUGGUAGGCUCAGCUUUCUGUUUGGAUGUUUCUACUGCACUAUACUCUUUGAGGUUGAUAUACUAAAACCGGCGAGUACAAAAUCUGAUGCAGUUGUGCAUGGUAGCCAAUCA